AUGCGCCGCCUACCUGCUGCUCCUCCCCGCCCACUUCUCCACCCGCACGUCUCCCCCGCGCUCGGAGUCCUGCAACAGCAUGGCCGAGUGGCGAUGGCAAGGACGAUCCCCGUAGUAUGCUGCUCCUACCUCCUACCAAAUCGCAGGACGCCCAGCCAGGGCGCUGAAUUCGAACCUCUACGAUCCAGAUCGACCGAUCGGGACCGGGGCUCCGCAAUGACCCGAGCGAAUCCCGAAGCGGCGAGCGGCGGCGAGGCGUCGCCGUCGCCGUCGCCGGAUGGCGGCAGGAACCCGUUCGCCCCGCUCGUCGAGCUGUGGCGCCGGACGAUGCAGCCUCUUGGGGACUACGGAUUCGGCAAGCGCAGCGUCUGGGAAGGCGGCGUGGGGCUCUUCAUGGUCUUCGGGGCGGCCCUGCUGGCGCUCGCGCUCGGCUGGCUCCGGGGGUUCCAGCUGCGCUCGCGCUUCCGCAAGUACAGCGCCGUGUUCGAGUUCAGCCAGGCGUGCGGGAUCUGCGUCGGCACGCCCCUCAGGAUACGCGGUGUCACCGUCGGGAGCGUCGUCCGCGUCGACUCUUCACUCAGGAGUAUUGAUGCCUAUGUUGAGGUUGAAGAUGAUGAAAUUAUUGUGCCCCGUAAUUCAUUGGUUGAGGUGAAUCAAUCUGGCCUCCUAAUGGAGACAAUGAUCGAUAUUACACCAAAAGAUCCACUCCCAACACCUUCAGUUGGUCCACUGGAGGCAGACUGUUCCAAAGAAGGCUUAAUCCUCUGUGACAAAGAGAGAAUGAAAGGACAACAAGGAGUAAGCUUAGAUGCAAUGGUGGGUAUAUUUACCCGUCUAGGAAGAGACAUGGAGGAAAUUGGUGUUCACAAAAGCUUCAAGUUGGCGGAAAAGAUUGAAGCAUUAGCUGAAGAAGUUCAACCUUUGCUCUCGGAGGUGCGUGAUAGUGAUCUUGUGAAGGAUGUGGAGACUAUAGCUAAAGGCCUGGCUGACGCAUCUGGUGAUUUAAGAAGGUUGAAAUCCUCCAUGCUUACCCCUGAGAACAGUGAUCUAAUCAAGCAGUCUAUAUUCACCCUUAUAUUUACUCUGAAGAACAUUGAGAGUAUUAGCUCGGACAUCUCUGGUUUCACCGGCGACGAGGCGACACGGCGGAACAUCAAGCUGCUGAUCAAGUCCCUCAGCAGACUAUUGUGA